AUGGAGCUCAGAGGAGUGUGCGUGCUGCUGGGACUUCUGCUGCUGGUGAAUUGCUCGCUGCAGCAGACUGCAGCCAGGAAGAAGCCGGUGAAAAAAGAAACACCAAAAGAUGCUGCCAUCGAGGAGCUGCAGAAACAGAUCACCGACAUUGUCAAUGAGCUCAACCACCUGAAGGAGCAGCAGGCCCUGCAGACAGUCUGUUUGAAAGGCAUCAAGUUCCAUGGCAAGUGUUUCUUAGCUGACCCCGUGAAGAAGCGCUAUCACACCGCCAGCGAGGACUGCAACGCCAUGGGCGGAGUCCUCAGCACGCCCACAUCCGGAGACGAGAACGACCAGCUCAGAGACUACAUCCGCCAGAGCAUCGGCCCAGACGAGCAGAUCUGGCUGGGCUUCAACGACAUGAUCACCGAGGGCACCUGGACGGACCACACCACCUUCGGCAUCACAUACAAAAACUGGGACACCUUCAACUCCCGGGCCCCUCAGCCGGAUGGCGGCCAGUCCCAGAACUGUGCCAGCCUGUCCGGGGCCGCCGCUGGGAAGUGGUUUGACGAGAACUGUCGUGACGAGAAGGCGUCCGUAUGCCAGUUCAACAUUGUUUGA